AUGGAAGAAGCGAAUACAUCAAAAGCUUUUGAGGUAAGUGCCUUUUCUUGUUUCUUACCUCGUAACUGAGGGCGUUUGGAAGGUGUCCUAGCGAUGAGUCGUUGCAUAAAUUCGGAUUUUUUCGGGUGCCAAGUCUCCGGGCUUCAGCCGCCCAUAAGUUUAGUGGUAUGAUGUGAGAAGAAGAUGACUGUACUGAAAGAAGAUGAAAAGUGAUAGAGUGGGGGAAUUGAAGACCAGAGGAGAGCGGAAGAAAAUGUGACGCCAAAAAUAAAUUAUUUAAUACGGGUAAAGGAUUAGCUAUAAGUAAUGUCAAAACAGAAAUAAAAUCAAAGUUUCGAACGGUGGUUUCAGUUCUUUCUUUGCAAUCGCUUUGCUCUGUUUUUUGUUGACGGAGGCAUCUCGCAAAUGUUUUCAACACCAUUUAUAGACUACAUUACAGUUGCAACACUUCCUGGACAAAUGGGAACAUUUGAAACGCAUUCUGCGCACGGAAUUAAGCGAGGCCGGUUGGAAAGGAAAAAGUCUUGAACGAAGCGCGAAGGAAAUCUCAUUUAAUUUUUUUUUCAUGAAAUUUUGGGGUUACUAAUGGAAAGCUAAACGUGUCAAAUCACAGCGCACAAGUUUCCGAAUUUGGAAUACGUCCUUUGCAAAUAAAAAUAAAGGAAGGAAAGGAUAACAUGACAGCAGAUUCUCAGAUUUCGACGGAAUCUCAGCGCUUAGAGUGGACUCGUCGUUUGGCCAAAAGGAUGAAUGGCAAGGGCAUUUCAAAUCGAGGCCUCGAAAUUUCAGACUUUUGCGCAGAUAGGUCGCACAUUGAAAGUUCUCAUCAACUGAAGUAGAGAUUUUUGUGUUACAAACGAAAAUUCAUAAAUCUUUGCAAGACCGAAAUGGAGAUAUCAUGCACGCGCGCUUCAUCCUCAAGUGGCGGAUUAAUCUGGGCCGGAUUCAGUGAUCUAACAUUUAUGGCAAAUCGUUAAAUAACCAGGUAAGUGUUGACAAAGGAGAGAAAAAGAAUUUUCUAAGGCAGAAGAGGAUUCUGGAAAACGUUUUAUGCCGUAAUUAUUCCUGAAUACGAUUGGAAAACAAUUUCGGUUGUUCAUUAGCGUACAAUGAUAUCUUAUUUUUAAGCGCGCUGAUAAACUGGGGGAAAAUAUCUUAACGAGCAAGGCACAAGGUUUUUUGAGAAAAUAAUUCUACGUUUAACAUAUUUUUUGUUUUUUUGAUAUACCUUUUUCGAUUUUUGGCAGAAAUGUGAAAUUUCAACUAGUUAUCUAUUGAUUACGUCACUAAAUCAUCCAGUAACAGACCGCUGAUUGUAAUGACAACCUUAUAAGGACUGUAAUAGUGUAGUUUGAUCGUCCGGGUGAGUGUAGUCCUUAGAAGGACUGUUGUCGGUAGUGGUGACUAACUUUUCGACAACCUGAGCGGAAGUAGUCAAGUGAAUAGUUGUUAUCAGUCGAAUGUACAUAAUCCGGUUUGUAUAAACCGAUUGGUCAGUUUUGCCGUGAUGUUAUUGGCUGUAAGACUCAAGUGGCGUAAGUCAGUCGUGGUUGGUCGGUCUCGAUCCGUUAAUAAAGUUAGGUCACUCUAUUCGAUUCGUUUGUAAUGUUCAUGUCGUUAAUAAGUCGUUUGUAUGGUGCUGGUAAUGGUUGACACCUGUUGAAGGGAGUCUUUUCCAAGUUAGUAAACCAGCUUUCCUGGGUCAGUCGUUGAAAGUAGGUGGUGCUGUAGGUUAGGCAUUGCGGAGAGUCCUAGUUAAUAGUGUGGUUCGUAAGUCGGUGAUGUUCAGCAAUGUGAUUGAUGUCAUCGCCUUUCCUCGUCGCUUAUUUGUGUUCAGUCAGUCCAGUUGUGAGGUUUCUGCCAGUCUCACCGAUGUAGGAGGAGUGGCAGUCGGAGCAGCUGAUCUUAUAUACUGCUCCCUGUCUGUUCCUCGGUUCGUCUUUGACUUUGACGUUAGUCGUAACCGACGUACUGUAGUAAUAUAAGAACUGUAAGUCACGCACAAAUUCUUCCAUUUGGAUUUAAAAGACUUCUUGAAUUCUUACGCGGGAACUAGUGCUCAAGUCACAAAAACACACAGAGUUAUCAUCGAAACUUCAGUUUUGACCCAGUCGAUGUCAAUCUAGAAAUUUUUUGUAUCAUAAUUCUUUAAAAGUGGAACUGUAUCACAAGCUAAAAGAACUUAUAUGGAAGGCUUUCUUACGACGUAAUUUCCGUAGAAGAAUGUAUUCGUCUGUGGGAGUAGAAGCAUGUCAAAACUCUAACUACAAAUGACUCGAGCGAAUUCUAGCACCGGAAUGUUUUCAAGGAUAUGUUUUGUUGGGCUUCCUUGUCUUCGUGUUUUUCUUCAUUUGCUUGUAGAGUUAUGAAAAGAGGAGGAUACUGCUUUGAAAUUAGCGUAUCACAGUCUAAAAACGGGAAAGAGAACCCUAAAGGAACGAACGUGUUUAUUUUUUCUAUACAUUCGCUAUAAUAUGGCGCCCUAUUCUUUGUCGCUUUCUCCUUUAGCAGAAUUUUAACUAGACCCAUUAAGAUCUCGAGUGCAUGUGUCAGGCUACCUCAACUUCCAAGGCACAAUAUACAAUUUGGAAGUAAAACUUUUCUGUGUAGAUGCUUGAGUCUUCAGACUGGCUUCAAAUGUUGUUCCAAAUUAGAGUUAAUUAGGUUCUUAAUGCUUUCGCUCCAAGCAAUUUAUUUAUCAAGAGAUGGUCACGAAAUUCUUUCUAUAAAUAAUUACAUUAAUUUAAUUUCAUUAAGAAUAUUACAGCAAUUAAGUAAAUUUGUUAGUCACGAUCUUGCACAAUUUCUAAGCUUGUAUAUCUCUCUGCUGAUUAUUGCUUUCAGAAUUCUGUUGGUACCGGGUGUUCUCAGGAGUAGAUAAACAUUGAUAAAAAACAGCUUGACCUUUAAAUUGAAAAUCAUUUCCAAUGUAAAGGUCAAGUUGUUUUUCAUCAAUGAUGUAAUUUAGUCAACCGCAUCAAACAGCUUGUGUGCUACUUCCCAUAGAAAAGUCUCUACAAAGUUUAUCUUUUUCAUCGAAAUAUUGUCAAAUUAGUGUGUUUUUGCUUCACUCCGGGCAGUAUUUGUGUCAAAAGCAAUGGCCAUAAAAUUGUUUCUAUCAUUGUUUUUAUAAAUUGAUUUCACGAGAGUAUAAUUUCAAAUAAUAAGCAAAUUCAUUUGUGAUCUUGCACUGAUUAUUUCUUUCAGAAUACUGUUGGUACUGGGUAUUCCCCAGAGUCAAUCGACAUUGAUGAAGAACAACUUGAUUUGUUUGUUGAUAACGUUAUCCACACAGCUGCAUCAAGCUUACAUGGUCUUGUCCUUAGGGUUACGAGCCCUGAGGGGACAGACAGAUAUUUUUCAAGUGAAAUCACACAAUCUGGUAAUGCCUCUGAGAGUAGAUCUACUCCUGAAAAUGACAGCUCUUCUUUGGAGAGCCAGCAACCAGACAGCCCUAGAAAGCAUUUCUUAGAGAAAGCUGGGCAACCUUCUCAGAUUACAGACUCGAAUGACAUUAAAAUACUCCAAGGCAAUCACUUGGCAUCAAGAUCAAAGGAUGUUGCAACUAAAGCACUAAGCCCUGGGUCAACAGAGAAAGUUAUUUUGGAUUGCACUAAAUCCGAGCAAGGCUAUACUACUGAGGAAGACACUAGUAAAUGUACUGCAGAUGACAGCUUUACUUUGGACAGCCAGGAGAAAGAUAGCCCAACUGGGCAUACCUUGGAGUCAUCUGUGAAGCUUGCCCAAGGUAAUCCCUUCAUAGCAGUAAGCAUAAGUGCAAGGUUGUUUAUGCAAGGGAUGCUUAAUCUGUCUGUUGUAACUACAGUUCCAGUGUUGUUUCUGUACAUGGAGUUAUUAACUUCUGUAUUUUAGGUGAGCGCUACAAUGAUUGAUCAUGAGACAGAGAUUAUGUAUAACUAUGACUAAGAGGAUUGGUUUGCAUAUUUUUCUUAUUUGUAAAACAAAUCCUUGCAAUUAAAGCAAUUAAAAAAUUAAGAAGCCUUGUCUUUAGCGUGGUGUGACAAUUAAGAUUUGAACCUGUGACUUCUUGAUACUUAAGUCACACUCACCUGCCAACUGAGGAUUAAGUUGAUAUGCUUAGAGCAAGGCAAAUUUUAGUAGGUUCUGUAUUCCUGGCAAAGGAAUAUGAGUAGAAUCAACUUGAAAUUAUAUAGUAACAUUCUAACCUGUGGAUGAAGUAGACCAUCAGCCAAUUUGUGGAGAUACCUGCACACUUUGCUGCACACAGAAAGCCAUGGUAAUGCACAACUUGAGUCAUAAUUAAGAAAACCCAGUUGCAAUUAUUACACUUCUGUAGACUAGAUCUAUUUAUCUCAACACCAGUGAAAAUUAGGUAGUGUUUUAUUAUGUGGAGUAAUCAAGGAAUUUUCCUUGACUAUUCACACAUUUACAUUAUGCUGUCUACUACAUAACAAAUUCCUGACCAACUGAGACCUUAUUUCACCUCUCCGUACAGUGCCCAUUGAGGACUUGAGCUCUGAUUCCUCCCUUGAUUCGUCCAAGGAUGACCAAGAAUGUCCAUCAUCACCUAAGGCUGGUAAUAAGAAAAAGGUAAGUAGCUUUUGUAAUCAAGUACACCAGCUCUGAGGUUCAAUUGAUUUCCUUUUGAAUAAACAUGGUUAAUCAUUAAUUAUCAUUUUUGAUCUUUCAUUAUCAUUUUAUUUCAUCAUGAAUAGAGAUUUGGCCGGUUCAAACAACAACGAAAGUCUUCAGCAGUUGCACCAGUGACAGAUGACAAACUGAAAGGUAAACCUGCAUCUUGCAAAUAGCUGGCUAUAACUAGCAGCAGGUUGAACUAAUCAGGACAACAGCAUCCUAUUGUGCUUAGGGUCAUUUUAAAAAGUGAGGUAGGAGGGGGGUGCUUAUUCAAAGGGAUGCCUGUUGGACAUUUUGGCCAAGGGGGGGCUUGCUUGGCAGAAGGUGCUUAUUAGAGUGUGGGCAUAGGGAAAUAAGGUAUAUGUCAGUUAAUCCCAAUUUUUUAGAUGAUUAACUGGUGAAUCAAAAGGGGAAUACAAAUCAUCAACAAUACUUUUUAUUUUGGUCAGAAAUGCAACCCCCUAAAGUGGCCUUUGAAGAUCAACCCCAUCUUACCAGUGACAUGAAUGUCAGCACUUUCAUCACAAAAAGUGGUAAGUGAUUAGAUCACGAUGGCUUAAUUUAGCUGUAAGUUUGUUUCAGGUUUAGUAAACAAUAGGUCCUAUGAUUGAAACCACUCCUAAAUUUGAAUAUUUUAAUCAAAAUGGAAGCUACUGUUAAAAUCUCUCUUAUGGCUUGGCUUUGUUGUUACUUUUUUUCUUUUUCAAGAAAACCUUGAUUGUAAGAUUUUGCGUAAAGUCAAGUUGUGAUCCAAAUUGCUACUAAAAAUAACAAUUUGAGCAGAACUUUGCUUUCAAACAAAUAAUGUGGCUACUGUAUUUGUUUGGUAUAAAUGUAUGGUAUUGUUACAUAGUUAUCUGGCAUUUCAUUCUUUUCUGAAAUAUGUUUAUUAUUUUGUUUAUUAGAGCACUGUGAUGAGGUGGGAGAUAACAUUUUUCUGUUGAACACCAAGGAUGUACCUUUGGUAUCAUUUUUCCCAGGGUCAAAAUCAAAGGCCCUUGCCAACAAUCUGUGCAUGUGAGUGAGGCUUUCUGUAUGUUAACCCUUUAACUCCGAUGACUGACCAAGACAGAAUUUCUCCUUACAAUAUUAAUAUAAUAUCAACCAGAUAAGUAAUGAGAAUAAUGAAAAAUAUCCUUUUGAGGAUAAUUAGUUGAUCCAAUACUAAAUUCUCUGAACUAAUGUUAUAAGAAUUAUAUGGUUGACACUAAGGAGAAUUACAAAUUUGAUCUGAGAGUUAUAGGGUCAAAAGGAAGUGUCAAAGGUGAUAGUUGUUUAUUUGCUUUGGUCCUUAACAACACAGGAGAAAUAGGAUGCAUAUUAGUUAGGCUGGCCUGUCAAGUAUGAAAUACAGGGAAUAUUUUAUAGAGAUGUCUCUAUUUCUGUUUCCUGCAUUCAAAGAUUUUGCAUCUCCUAUUGCCAAUAAGUUACACUUUUAUCAUUAAUUAACUUUACCCUGUCACUGAAUUUAGAAACAUAGAGAAGUACAUUAAAGACAAUCUUGCCAUAGACAAGUUUACCAUAAUUAUCCAUGGAGGGAAAGAUGGAUCAAAGCUUGGCUCAAUUCGUUUGGCGAAGAAAUUCUACCACCUCCUGAAGGCAAGGUUAGAGAAGAUUGAAGUGACUGUAUUACAAAAUAAAAGCUCUCAAAUGAAAAUAGGUGGAAAUUAACACAUUUCUGCUUAAAUUGUUGGCCACUCAAUUAAACAAGAAAAAAUUGAGUCAGAUGUAUAAAACAAUUUAGUGUUUUAUAACUUAAAAAAAAAACUCCUUGUUAAGCUGAUGACUUUUUCUAUCUUUAACACCUGAUUACUGGAUAAUGUACUUUUUUAUAUUUUUUCUUUUUAAGGUUCAGCAAAGAUCUAAAAAGUUGCAUCAUCUUAAGGGCCAAACUAACCCUGAAAUGUGUUCUCAAGCUUUCAAAGCUGUUUAUGCCGUGAGUAUAAAGAGCAAAUUAUGUAUUUUCAUUUCUGUUAGUAAUACAUGAUACUGCUUGACAUCUAAGGUAAUCUAAACUUGAUUAAAUUAAAACUGAAUGGCUUGGCAGAUCAAAGCUCCUCAGUUUCCACUAGCUGUUAAUUAAAAGUAACAGCACUUCAUUUGAGUUCUUAAAACUAACUCCAAAGUCAUCAAAACAGCUUAUCAGAACAAAGGGGAAAUAAUCACAAGGAGCUUCUUGAAGUUCAAAGUAAAAACGAGACUCUAAACUGGAUAAGGCAUGAGAAAAUGGGAUUGACCAGAAGGAAGAAAAUUAUGAUGUACAAUUGGUCAGCUGGUUAAGAAGAAGGGGGGGGGGGGGGGGGAGGCACAAUCUUCUGGGCUUAAAACAGACAAGAAUGGUCACUGGGUGUAUUUAAAGAUUUUUUCAAAUGUAAUGUAUGUUUCAAAAGGUAAUGUUAAUCUGAUUUCCAUCAAUAUAAAGAACCCAAACUUUGGAAGAUUAAAUAAGCGACUUAAAGAUUGAUAAUUACAGAUUGGUGUUGUGAACUAUUGCUGAAUUGAAUAUCAAAUAGAGUUUCCUAAUUAGUCAUAAUUUUUAUUCAGGAAUGAAAUGAAACAGAAGAUUUCUUUGGUAAAUGACAUUUGUGAACUUGUCUGGUUCCACAGUAAGUAUUGCAACAAUUAAACAAUGUUACAAAUGCAUGAGCACUGUUGUGUUCUCAAACAAGUUAAUGUCACAACAGUGACAUUAAAGUUUAACUCUUUCACUCUUACUGCUCCACAGCAUUUAAUAAGUGAGCUGAAAUUAAAAUUCUAAAAGGUAUAAUUAGGGGUUAUACUGAAGAAAAAGUGGAAAAUGCUUUAACCCUUUACACCCAUGAGUGACCAAGACAGAAUUUCUCCUUACAAUAUCAAAACAAUAUCAAGCAGACAAGUGAUGAGAAUGAAGAAAUGUAUCAAUUGGGGGAUGUAUUAGACAAUCCAAUACCAACUAACAUCAUAAGAAUUGAAUGGCACACAGUUAAGGUAAUUACUAAUGAUAUCUUGGGAGUGAAAGGGUUAAGAUCCAUAACACCUGGGAAGUUUAUCCAAUCAGCAUGUAAUUUGCAUAAUGUUAUAAUUUUAAGUGCACUUUUCAAUUGAUUUCAAUUUUUUGUUUUUCCUGUUUUAGGCAUUCCAGACACUGUUUUGCAAUACUGGCAUUAG